AUUAAAUCAUCAUGUCCAGUAGGUACUUUGCUCAACUUAAAGAUCAAGAAAUCAGGGGCAGAGCCAGUUGCAUUAGAAGACCAUGAAUAUCCAGAAUGGCUAUGGACAGUUUUGGACCCAAAAGCCCAAGAGGAAAAACUCAAGGCAGAUCCUGCAAAGUAUCAAAAGAAGCUUAUGAGACAAAGAAAUAGAAAGAAUAUUAAGCACAAUAACUUUAUGGCCCAAAUG